UUCUCUUGUAUUUCCAAAUCUUACAUUUUAUUCAAAUCUUGGUGGAAAUUUCAAGAAAGAGAUAUACCUCAAGGCUAACAUGCCGGCAUCCGUACAUCCGCCGUGUCUCUGUCGGCAUCUUCGAGUCAACAGUCGCGAAUCUCAAUCGCCGUGGAUAUGACCUGUAUUCGUUUGGUUCUUCUGUGGCUGCUGCUCUCCUCUUUCAGCCUUCUGGAGGUAGUUUCUCAAGACCGGACUAGACCUCCAAAUGUGGUACUGGUGAUCUUUGAUGAUUUGCGACCAGUGCUCGGCGCCUAUGGGGAUUCCCUGGCCAGUACUCCGUACUUGGACGCCUUUGCUCAGGGCAGUCAUGUGUUCACGAGGGCCUAUAGUCAGCAAGCACUUUGUGCACCCAGCAGGAAUUCUCUCCUGACCGGCAGAAGACCGGAUACGUUGCACCUCUAUGAUUUCUACAGUUACUGGCGGACUUUUUCCGGAAACUUCACCACCCUGCCGCAGUACUUCAAGGAGCACGGCUACUACACCUACAGCUGUGGCAAGGUCUUCCAUCCGGGACUCUCCUCCAACAACACGGAUGACUACCCUUUGAGUUGGUCAGCGCCCGCUUUCAGGCCACGCACAGAGCAGUUCAUGAACUCACCCGUAUGUCCGGAUAGGGAAGGUAUCCUACGCAAGAACCUCAUCUGUCCAGUGGAGCUGCAAACCCAACCGUUCAAGACACUGCCGGAUAUAGAGUCCGUGGCGGAGGCGCUACGUUUUGUGGAGUCCCGAAAGCACAACCACAGGGAACCCUUCUUCAUGGCGAUGGGUUUCCACAAGCCACACAUCAACUUCCGCUUCCCCAAGCAAUUCCUAUCGAGGUUUCCCCUCUCAAAGUUUUACAACUACACGGAGGACCGACACAAGCCUCCGAAUAUGCCGGCUGUGGCCUGGAAUCCCUACACAGAUGUCCGAGCCAGGGACGACUUUAAGCACUCGAAUAUAUCCUUUCCCUAUGGACCCAUUUCCCGGCACCAGGCUGCCCAGAUACGCCAAGGAUACUACGCCUCGGUGGCCUAUGUGGACGAUCUUUUUGGCAAGUUGAUCUCCGGCUUGGAUUUGGAUAACACUGUGGUGGUGGUGCUGGGGGAUCAUGGCUGGUCUCUGGGGGAGCACGCCGAAUGGGCCAAGUACAGUAACUUUGAGGUGGCUCUCAGGGUUCCCUUGAUCAUUCGCACCCCCCAGUUUCCUGUGACUAAGCCACAGUAUCACCAUGGUGUCACCGAACUAUUGGAUGUGUUUCCCACUUUGGUGGACCUGGCUGGACUUCCGCCACUCCCGUCCUGUCACAGUAACCAGGACUUAACCUGCGGCGAGGGAAAGAGUCUCUACCCCCAGAUAAUGGGCUUGGGAAUGGGUGAUGAGCAUGUGGCCCUCAGCCAGUACCCCCGCCCGGGAAUGCUGCCCACAAAGCAUCCAAACAGCGACAAACCCAAGCUGCGAAAUAUCAAGAUAAUGGGCUAUAGCCUAAGAACUGAUCUGUAUAGGUACACCCUUUGGGUUAGAUUUCAUGCCCAGAAUUUCAGCAGAGACUGGCAUGAUGUCUAUGGCGAGGAGCUGUACGACCACCGCCUGGAUUCUGGCGAGGAAUUCAACCUAGUGCCCCUGCCCGAGUUCGAUGAUGUGCGUCAAAGACUGCGCCGGCGUCUGAUAGAGGUCGUGGGCAGUUAGUGGAGAUCUCCAACACUUCUCCGCCCUUUAUGAUUUUCAACAAAUUCAUAAACAAUAAAAAAAGAAAGAAAAGACAGCGUGACAAACAAUCUCGAGAC